AUGAACAUGGAAAAGACCUCACUGGACCUCGAGUCCAAUAAACUCGAAUAUGAUCCAUGGCUGCUGGAGGACCAUCCACUGCGCUCGUAUCCGACGGAGUGUAUCCCCGGGCUAUCAACUUAUCUCUACGGACUCUACCAGUCGUGUUCGCUCAGGAAGACCUUCGUGCGAGCUGCAGUGCUCGUGCUGGGAUGUCUAGCCGCAUUCCAAUGCUUCCGAUUCCUCCGCUUCAACCUCCCCAAGGGACUUCCGCCCAUGGCUUCCGCGCCAACCGCGCAACCCCACGUCCAGCCUAGCGCAUGCACAUUCCCGACACUAGACACACGACCCCAAGCUCUGAAGAAGGCGCUUGGCAGCGGGUGCGACAGCCUCCGAACAGCCAUAUGGAUGUACGACGGCGAGCUACAGAUUGGCAAUGCCGUGGCUAGUCCCGAUCCCAAUGUCUUCCUUGACCGACUCGGCCUGGGCCCUCUUUUAGCAAACCUCGACGAGGCCGAGUCCCAACCACUCCAUUCUGAACCCCCGGUGAGCCCUCCGGGCGGUCUGAGUCGGACGUUCCUCUUGUUACUGGAUGCCAAGACUUCGCUUCAUGAGUUGUAUCCCUUGCUUGUUGGGCAGCUAGAUAGUCUGCGGCAACGGGGAUAUCUUUCGCAUUGGGAUGGGGAGACUGUGGUUCAGCGUCAAGUGACGGUUGUUGUUACAGGGGAUGCCUUCGCGGACACAGACUGCGCGAGUCACUCUUAUGCUGAUGUUUUCUGGUCGUUGCCGGAUGGACGCUUUUACCCCAGUGAUCUCACCAAGGAUGGCCUCCGACAUUUGUCGCCCAUUUGUAUAGCAUGA